AUGUCAGCGGAAGGCGCGUUCAAAAAAUUAAAACCAGAGCCGGGCGGGAGCAGCACGGGAGCUUCAGGAGGUUCUUCCGCGCUGUCACCAUCCCUGGGCCCCCAACACGCGGGGCACACGCCAACAACCGCCUCGUGCCCCACGCCCGCUCGCCGGAGGCAUAGGACGACCUUCACGCAGGAACAACUAGCAGAAUUAGAGGCGGCGUUCGCGAAGUCCCACUACCCCGACAUCUACUGCCGCGAGGAGCUGGCCAGGACCACCAAGCUCAACGAGGCGAGGAUACAGGUGUGGUUUCAAAACCGGCGAGCCAAAUACCGCAAGCAGGAGAAGCAACUACAAAAGGCACUGGCGCCCGCGGUGCUACCGGGCUGUAACGGCAUGAUGCGGAAUAUCCAGGGCUACCGGGGCUACCAGCCCUACCCGCAUCCCAACACCAUCAACCGGUACCCACAGGACAUCUUCUCACUGUCGCAGAUGGGCGGCGGCUCGUACCCCAUGCCGCAGGGCUUUUCCAUGGGCCACGGCGCCAACAUGAGCGCCGUCGGCAUGCGGCAGGACACCAUGAGCAUGAGCGCAGAGGACGAGUGGUACAACAAGUCGCUAUCCGCACUACGGAUGAACAGCGGGCACCACGCCAACCUGGCGGCCGCGCCCAUGCUGCAGUACCAGACCUAA